CAGAAGGAGGAGGGCAGAAGCCGAGGGGGGAGUGAAUUGUGGAGAAGCCUUCUCAGUUUCCCUCAGUGCCGCUCACGCCGUGGGCUACAGAAUGACUGUGGCUGCGCUCCUCCUGAAGACUUCUCUGAGCUGAGAGAGAAACGCCGCUUCUCUCUCUCUCCCUCUCUCUCUCUCUCUCUCUCUCUAUCCCCCACUCCUCUCCCCCUCCUCUGCACUCCUUCUCUGCCAGACGUCAAGGCGGAGACACUGAACUCUUGUUUAGCCUCUCUCUCUCUCUCUCUCUCUCUCUCUCUUUCACUCUCACACACACACGCUGUGGGAAACUUAAGGGGAACGGACUCCUCGGCUGUUUUUGUUUUUCUUUCUUUCCUUUCCUCCCCUCCUCCUCCUCCUCCUCCUCCUCUUCGACUACACUUCUCCGCGCUCGUCCACGCGUCUGACAGACAGACAGACAGACAGACAAGAGGCCAUGCCGGUGGUGGGGGUCGCGUCCAAGCUGAGACAGCCCGGCGUGGGCUCCAAGCCGGUGCACACCGCGCUCCCCAUCCCCAACCUGGGCCGCAGCGCCGGCGUCGGCGUCACCCAGGGCUACGCCCCCCGCGCCCCCGAGGUGAGGGCCAGCGAGUCACCCCUGCUCUCCUCCUCCUGCCAGCUGUCACUCAAAGGCGAGUACCAGGAGCGGAGGACUCCGCCGGCAACACGGAGCAGGGAGUCGGAGGAGAGUAAGAUCAGCAAGAUCUACACUGACUGGGCGAACCACUACCUGGCCAAGUCCGGCUGCCCGCGCCUCAUCAAGGACCUGUCCCAGGACAUCGCCGACGGAGUUCUGCUGGCAGAAAUCAUCCAGAUCAUUGCAAACGAAAAGGUGGAGGAUAUCAAUGGCUGUCCAAGAAGUCAGUCUCAAAUGAUCGAGAAUGUAGACACCUGCCUCAACUUCCUGGACGCCAGAGGAGUGAACGUUCAGGGACUCUCCGCAGAAGAGAUUCGUAAUGGGAAUCUGAAGAGCAUCCUGGGUCUGUUCUUCAUCCUGUCGCGCUACAAGCAGCAGCAACAGCAUCAGCAGCAGUACCUGCAGUCUCUGGUGGAGCUGCAGCAGCAGGUCACGCAUCAGGCCACCGGGGCGGCGCCCUCCAGCCCCCUCAAGACCCAAGACAUGCAGUCCAGUCUCACGGCGCGAUAUGCAAGCCCACCCAGCCACAGUGGAAUAGGAGCCAGCCAGAAGAAGAACACAAGGUUACCAGGUCCGUCCAGGGUGCCCACUGCUGGCAGUGGGGGUAAGGCCCAGGGUUCGUCCAACCUCAACAGGAGAAGCCAGAGCUUCAACAGCAUCGACAAGAGCAAACCUCUACAGUACGCAAGUGGCAAUGACAGAGAGUCGGUGAGGGGCAUCGCUCUGGUGGGCAGCAUGAAUGGCAGCGCGGGCGCCGCAGCGAUGCCCUCCAGCCCCAGUGGGCACCAGCUUGGCUCGGCCAUCCCCUCGCCCACGGCGGGCAAGUCGUGGCGCAGCAAGUCCAUGAACCUCAAGCACAGCGCCACCUCCUCCAUGCUCUCCCUCAGCCCCACGACCUCCCCGCCUCCCCCGGGGGCCUCCGAGCGCCUCCGCCCGCCGGCCAUGACGGGCGACGUCGCCUCCUCCUCCUCCUCUGCCGCCGCCGCCAAGGGCUCCGCUUCCGUCUGCGCGGCGGCCAACGCCCCCGGCAACCAGCGCUCCAUGCUGGACAAGUUCCGGCUCAUCAACCCGCGCUCGGCCUCGCGGACCUCCCCCUCGGUGGCCGAGAUGUCGCUGCAGGAGGAGGACGACCUGUCGGAGUACGGGGACGACCCGACACCCAUGCCCAUUAGCCGGCUCGGCGGCGGGACGGCGGGCAUACUGGGGGCACCCAUGCACCAGACGCCGGUGUCAUCCCCACCCUCUGCCUCCGUCUCGACAGCCAAGGGCUCAGGGAAGAGCUCCAGCAACAAGUCCCUGGCCCACCCCAAGGAGAAGGAGGAGAAGGCCAAGAGCAAGGCCAGCAAAGCCAGCACCCCGCCCAAGGAGGAGAGGGAGCCCGUGCCCGCGGAGGCCGGGAAGAAGUCCUCCAAAAUCGGCAGUCUUAUCCCCAAGGGGGGCAAGACCGCAGCGGGCAAGAAGGAGAGCGGUGCCCCCCCAGCGUCCAGCGGGAUCCCCAAACCAGGGCUGAAGGCCCCUCACGCUACUGCCAAGCAGGCCCAGGCCUCCACAGCAGGGGGAGGAGGCGGUCCAGUCACAGGGGCUGGCGGCUCGGGCGCGGGGAGUGGAGCAGCGCCUGCAGGGGUGGGCCGGGAAGGCGGUGAGAAGGCGGCUAAGAUGGCCAAGGGGGGGCAGUCGUACUACAUGCAGCGCUCGGCGGGGGGGACGGGCGAGGUCCGCAGGACCAGCAUGACCUCCUCCACCAGCACCUCGGCGCUGUCCGCGGGGAUCGGGGGCGGAGGAGGAGGCAGCGGGGUAAUGGGGGGCAAUGGGGCGGUGCAGUUGCCCCAGCAGCAGCAGCACAACCACCCCAACACGGCUACUGUCGCCCCCUUCAUGUACAGAACGUACUCGGAGAAUGACUGUACCACAGUGGCUCCUGCUGACCCCUGCCUGAGUCCCACCAAGGGGGAGCUCGUCUUCAACAAGACCGCCAAACAGUGCCUGGAGGAGAUAUCUGUGUCGUCUGACCGCCGCGGAGUUGGCGCUAAAGGGGAAGACCCGGAGACAAGGCGGAUGCGGACAGUCAAGAACAUUGCGGACCUGCGGCAGAAUCUGGAGGACACCAUGUCCAGUCUACGGGGGACACAGAUUAGCCACAGCACCUUGGAGACGACCUUUGAUUCCACGGUGACCACAGAGAUCAAUGGGCGCGGCCCCCCCGCCCUCUCCAGUCGCUCCUCCCCCAUGGCCUGGCGCCUCGGCCAAUCGCCGAGCCCGCGGCUGCAGGCGGGCGACGCCCCGUCCAUGCCCAGCGCCUACGCCCCAGCGCGGGCCGGGGGUGGUGGCGGUGGUGGCGGAGGGGCCGGCGGUGGAGGCGCCGCAGGUCGCUACGGUGGCGACGCCUCGCGGUACGUCUACAGCGGCCCACUCAGGAGGGCGGGGGCCGGGGGAGGAGCCAGAGGGACGGGGGAGGCGGGAGAGAAGGGCGGAGCCCCCGACGGCAUUGGGCCCGAGGUGGACGUGGCCGGGUACAUGAGCGACGGGGACCUGCUAGCGAAGAACACGCGGCCCGACGACAUCACCAGCGGUUACCUAACAGAUGGCGGGCUGCACCUGUACUCCCGGAAUGUGGGCCGAGCUCCUGACCUGGCCUCCUCCAGAGAGGUCAUCCAGCGCGGCCUCAGAGAGGGAGACGGCGACAGUUGGGAUGACAGCAGUUCCGUCAGUAGUGGGCUGAGUGACACUCUUGACAACAUCUGCACGGAUGACCUAAACACCUCUGCAUACUCGGGCAUCACAGCUUCGCCACGCAAGAACAAGGGACCACAGUCCCACGGCAACACACACAAGCAUGUGGAGCAGGUGGCCAGCACCUGGGCAGGCGCCGAGGACCUGAAGAAGGUGGACGAGGAGCUGGACAGCAGCAUGGACCCUUCAUCCAAGUGGAGGACUUCCUCCUCCUCCUCCUCCUCUGCGCCCAGCCAGUCGGAGGACGGAGGGCAGAAGACGGGCCUGCCCGUGUCCCAGACGGGCUCCUGGAGGAGAGGCAUGACGGCCCAAGUGGGCAUCACACCGCCCCGCUCCAAAGGCACGUCAGGCAGCCUCAAAUCCCCUGGCAAAACGGACGACGCCAAGGCUUCGGAGAAGGGCAAGGCUUCGUCCAAGAGCGCGAGCAUCGAGCGCUCGCCGUCCGAUGCGGGGAAGAGCAGCGGCGACGAGGGUAAGAAGCCCCCCUCGGGCAUCGGCCGCCCCCCCACCACGGGCUCCUUCGGGUACAAAAAGAUCCCCGGCCCCUCUGGCACCCUCAUCACGGCCAGCGGGGCCACCCUGUCCAGCGGCUCCUCCACGCUGGGCAAGGUGCCCAAGUCGUCGGCCAUCGGGAAGGGCGCGGGCGCAGGCAUCGGCAGCGGCGGUGGUGGUGGGCGCAAGACCAGCCUGGACGGCUCGCAGCACCAGGACGACGGGGUGUUGCUGGGCUGCGGCGGCUCCAAGGUGCCCCUGCAGUACCGCUCGCUCCCCCGGCCCGCCAAGUCAUCCAGCGGGGUGGCGGCGGGUCGCGGCGGCGGGCACCGGUCCAGCUCCAGCAGCAUCGACUCCAACGCCAGCGCCAAGGGGGCCGCCGCCGGCAGCGCCGGCCCGGCCACCAUCCCCGGAGCCAAACGGCGCGAGCCCAAGGUGGGCUCAGGUCGCUCCAGCCCCAUCACCGUCAACCAGACGGACAAGGAGAAGGUGGCCGUCUCCGACCAGGACGGCACCGCUCUCUCCACCUCGCCCAAGUCCAGCCCCACCUCCGGCGGCCAGUCGGGGCUCCGUCAGCCCGGCUCCAAGUACCCCGACAUCGCCUCCCCCACGUUCCGCCGAUUGUUUGGUGCCAAAGCUAGCAGCAAGCCCAGCUCCCCUGGCACACCUGACUCGGGCAAGUGCCCGUCGGCACUUGGCAGCCCCCAUGGCACGAUGGCGCGGCAGACGAGUCUGGACUCACCCUCUUCGGGCACGGGAAGCCUGGGCAGCGCUGGCGGUCAGAGCGGCGGCAGCAGCCCGCUGUACGGCAAGGUGCCCGAGCUGGGCAUGGACUCAGCGGCCUCCAGCCCGGCGUCGGGUCUCUCGCUGCCCUCCAACGCCCGGCCAUGGCCCACCACCCUCAGCACCUCGUCAGCGGGGAGCAGGGACACGCUCAGCUGCCAGAGCAUGACCAGCCUGCACACCAGCUCUGAGUCCAUCGACCUGCCGCUGGGCCACCACGGCCCCAAGGUCACGCGCACAGGCAGCGUCAAGUCCACCCUGUCAGAGGGCAUGCCCCUUGACAGAAACACUCUUCCCAAAAAGGGACUGAGGUAUCCGCCCUCCUCCAGGCAGACGUCCAAUGAGGAAGGGAAGGAGUGGCUGCGCUCCCAUUCCACUGGAGGGCUGCAGGACACAGGCAGCCAAUCACCUCUUUCUCCACCGGAUACCUCCUGCAACAAUGUUGGCAAAUACCACUACUCAAACCUGCUGAGCCCUACUGGUAUGUCCCAGUACAACCUCCCUGGCCCCAGCAUGAGCCGGUCCAACAGCAUCCCCACCCAGGACUCGUUUGAUCUGUACGGAGAAGGCCACACGCUGGGUGGCAGCGCCACGUCUCUGGAGGACAGACCAAGGGGCAUUAGUCGUUCCGGAUCCUUCCGUGACAGCACUGACGAAGUUCAUGGCUCCUCAUUGUCCCUGGUCUCCAGCACCUCAUCACUCUACUCAGCGGUUCUUUCUUUUCUGGACAAGACAGAGGAGAAGGCCCAUUCCGAGGGCCAAACUGUCCAAAAUACCACGCAAAUUAGGAAAUUGAGAAGGGAACUGGAUGCUUCUCAAGAAAAGGUUGCGGCUCUGACUUCCCAGCUUUCGGCCAACGCUCACCUGGUGGCUGCCUUCGAAGGGAGCCUGGCGAACAUGACCUGUCGGCUGCAGAGCCUGACCAUGACAGCGGAACAGAAGGAGUCGGAGCUGGCUGAGCUGAGGGAGACCAUCGAGGCCCUGAAGGCCCAGAACACAGACGCACAGACGGCCAUCCAGGUGGCCCUCAACGGCCCCGACCACCUCAGAGAUCACCGAAUCAGGCGGCAGCACUCAUCUGACAGCAUGUCCAGCAUCAACAGCGCCGCCAGCCACUCCAGCAUGGGCAGCGCCAAAGACGCCGAGGACAAGAAGAAGAAGAAGAAGAACUGGCAAGGGAAUGGUAGACGACCAAAGGUGGCUGAUUCCAUCCCUGCCCAGUUGCGGAGCUCCUUCAAGCAGGCUUUCAGCAAGAAGAAGAGCAGCAGCAAGCUGCAGUCGUCGCAGGACGACAUCGAGGAGAUGACCGACUCCUCUCUGCCAUCCUCUCCCCAGCUGCAACACGCCAACAGGCAGGGCAGUGUACCAACGCUACGCUUGUCCCCAUCCACCACAGACAAGCUAUGUUUUUGUGAUAGCAAGUCGUCCCCACUUUGGAUCCCAAAGAAAAGGCAAAACGGCCACGUGGUCUACAAGCACCGAUCUCGGCUGUGCGAGUGCACGGAGGCCGAGGCCGAGAUCAUCCUGCAGCUGAAGAACGAGCUGAGGGAGAAGGAGCUCAAGCUGACCGACAUCCGCCUGGAGGCGCUCAGCUCCGCUCACCACCUGGACCAGAUCAGGGAGGCCAUGAACCGCAUGCAGAACGAGAUAGAGCUUCUCAAGGCAGAGAACGACCGCCUGAAGUCCAGUGGGAACUCCACCCCCCAGGCCACCCCGGCCAAGUCGGCCAGACCCCCGUCUGAGACUUCCAGCACCUCGUCGUCAUCCUCGCGGCAGUCCCUGGGCCUCUCCCUCAACAACCUCAACAUCACAGACACCAUCAUGUCUGACAUUCUCCUGGAUGACGGCUACGAAGGGAAUCUUCGCAAAGAAGGCCGAAGUGUCCGAAUCGUCGUGACGAUCCACAGCGGCUCCAACAAGACGAAGGGCUCUCAGAGUCAGGAGUACCUCAUUGGUUCCAUCGGCGUGAGUGGGAAGACCAAAUGGGAUGUGCUUGAUGGCGUAAUACGACGCCUGUUCAAGGAGUACGUGUUCCGCGUGGACCCCGCCACAAGCCUGGGCCUGACCUCAGAGAGCAUCAUGUGCUACCGCAUGAAGGAGGUGGUGCGCGGCCAGGCCAUGGAGGUGCCGGAGCUGCUCCCGUGUGGAUACCUGGUGGGCGACAACAACGUCAUCACCGUCAACCUCAAAGGCGUGAAGGAGAACAGCAUCGACGGGCUGGUGUUCGACACGCUCAUCCCCAAGCCCAUCAUCCAGCGCUACCUGAACCUGCUGAUGGAGCACCGCCGCAUCAUCCUGUCCGGCCCCAGCGGCACGGGCAAGUCGCACCUGGCCAGCAAGCUGGCGGAGUACAUCGUCACCCAGUCGGGCAUGGAGGUGUCCGAUACCACCGUGGCCAGUUUCAACGUGGACCAGAAGUCCAGCAAGGACUUGAGGCAGUACCUGUGCUCGCUGGCGGAGCAGUGUAACUCCGAGGAGACGGACAUGGAGCUUCCCACCGUGGUCAUCCUGGACAACCUCCACCACAUCGGCUCGCUCAGCGACAUCUUCAACGGCUUCCUCAACUGCAAGUACCACAAAUGUCCCUAUGUUAUUGGAACCAUGAACCAGGGUGUGUCUUCAUCUCCCAAUCUGGAGCUUCAUCACAACUUCAGGUGGGUGCUGUGCGCUAACCACACGGAGCCGGUGAAGGGCUUCCUGGGCCGCUACCUGAGGAGGAAGCUCAUCGAGACGGAGAUCGGCAGGAACAUGCGCAGCAACGACCUCAUCAAGAUCAUCGACUGGAUCCCCAAGACCUGGCAGCACCUCAACUCCUUCCUGGAGGCGCACAGCUCCUCCGACGUCACCAUCGGCCCACGGCUGCUCCUGUCCUGCCCCAUGGAUGUAGACGGGUCGCGGGUGUGGUUCACCGACCUGUGGAACUACUCCCUGGUGCCAUACCUGCUGGAGGCAGUGAGGGAGGGACUCCAGCUGUACGGGAAGCGUGCGGCGUGGGAGGACCCGUCCAAGUGGGUGAACGACACGUACCCCUGGAGCUCGACGUCCCUGCAGCAUGACUGCCAGGCUCUCCUGCAGCUGCGCCCAGAGGACGUGGGCUACGACGGCUACACCUCCUCCAAAGAGGGGGCGUCCUCCAAGCAAGUCUCCCAGAGCGACACAGAGGGGGACCCACUGAUGAACAUGCUCAUGAGACUGCAGGAAGCCGCCAACUACUCGAGUGCACAGAGCUGCGACAGCGACAGCGCCAGUCACCAUGACGACCUCUUGGACUCGUCGCUCGAGUCGGCACUGUAGACGAGAUGGCCCACAGGAGACGAGGAGGCGUCCAGUCAGAGAGAGAGAGAGAGAGAGAGGGAGAGGGAGGGAGAGAGAGAGAGAGAGAGAGAGAGAGAGGGAUGAGCGAGCAGCUGCUCCAGGGGCCCUCAGAGCUGAGUUGGACUGAGCUGCAGUCUGGCCCAAAACACCCCAGACCUGACAUUUCUGUUAGCUCUCCCCCACCCCAGGGAGGAAAGCUCUGUUUGUCUGUGUGUGUGUGUGUGUGUGUGUGUGUGUGUGUGGAGAGGAGGGAUUGUUGAGUGUCUACCAGUGACAUGUUGUCUGCCUGUUGUUGGAUGGUGUGUAUGGCAGAAGUGUUGAUCAACAGAGUCUAAGGAUCACCAACGGAGUCUCUUUCCUUCCUCUGGUGGGCUGGGGAUGACACGCACACACGCACACACACACACACACACACACACACACACACACAUCCUCAACUGCACAGAACCUCUGCGAUGUCAGCUGCUCAGAUGGUGACGGCGUAGAUGUGUGUCCCACUAGUCACAUGUUGGAACUGGAAGAGUUUUUCUCCAGAGCUCUGAUUUUGACUGAUGUGGUGUGUAGUCGGCUUUUAACUGUUUUCACACUGAUGUUUACAGUGGGCUGAGUCUUUCUUUUUCUCCCCCUGCUACUCGCUCAGAUCUUCACGGAUUCAAAGUUUGACGCACGUUUGCCGCCAAAAACAAAAAAAAAACUAAACAAAAACUAAAAAACCCUCUGAAAACCAGAUUUCAGAUGAGCCACGUGAAACUGGCUUGGUGCUUAAACUGGUGGUUUACUGGCAAAGGCACAGCCUUGGUCCUUGCAAGUGCCAUUGCCAAAUGAAGCACAAGAGGGUGCAUUCUGUUAUAACUGCUACUGUGAAACGAAGGACUUUUGAAACACAAACAGUAAACAAAAAACAAACAUGCCACUCAAUUCACUGCCAAGCAAUGGCACAGGGUGGGGGAGGGGGUUCGAAGUCAUGAUCUGAGAAAACACUGUAGUGCAAAUUCAUUUUAUGACGUAAUCGUGUGUCACUUCUUCAAUCUUCAGUCUUCAACCUUCACAAUCGGUAUCGGAGGGGACAUGCUCUCCUGCUACUGACUAAGCAGUGACACACAGUUGGAUUCUCCGUGCGCGACAAAUAGCAUUGGCUUCAAUGUGUAUGUUAAAUCUGUCAUUUAUGCGCUCGAAUCACAUCUUUCGUUUGUUUUUUCGUUGUACAUCAUCCUUUACCUUCUGAACAAGCAGCUACGUUCCAACCCUUUGCUGCUAGGGAGGGUCAAGACAUAGAAGAAAAGACAGUAAGAAAUCCGUACUUUCACCCAAGGGCCAGAACGAGAAGGGAACAAGCCUGAACCUGGUGCUUUCUCGCUGCCUUAAAUGUGCUAAGCUCGGAAUGAAAUUCAAAGCGUUACAUUGACCUUGAAUCUCUUGAUGCCAUCCAAAGAGGAUCUGAUGACACCUUGUAUGUAGUUGUUAAUGCUUUUUUAAUAAGUGUUUUUUAUCUUGAGUUCAGGGUGGAGUCACAAUGCCAUCUCUGAUUCUGUGAAAGGCCACGUUGAGUUUUAUUUUUCAUAUCGGAAAGGCGAAAACCUUUCAGUGAAUGUGUGCGUGUUGGACACACAGGUAGAGUUAGACCACUUUGAGAGUUUGCGAUGAAGAGAUGUGAUAUUUUAUUAUUUUGUCACCCAGUUGACCUGGGGAACACUUGAACCAACAUGAGCACAAUCCAACCUCGUGAUUGAGAUAGCUUGACGAGCAUGUUGUUUUCAGUUUGCUAUAUGUGUACGUAGGAAAUUGACCUAUACUUCUACAUGCUACGUAAGCAUGUGGAUCAAAAUAAUUAAAAAAAUCAAUGCAUUUUAAUUUAAUUUAUCCUUUUUAUUUUUAAAAAAAAAAGUAUGUGGGAUUAUAGUUUUUGCACAGUUUAUCGGGGAAGGGGAUUUGUAAAUAUAAAAAGUCUUGCACAGUUAAUCCAAGAAACAUCCGCGAUCCGGUUGAUGUUCUACUCCGCUUACUGAGAAUUAUUGUAUUUUGCAAACUGAGAAAAAAAAAAUGAUUAGAAAAGUAAACCAACACAUUGUCAAAAACUGGUGUAUGUCUUGUGAUGACUGGUUGUUUUGCCUUUACAAAGCUGCAAAGUGUACAGAGACAAGUGUUUGUAGUGUCUCAUAAACGUAUAUGAUAAACCUGAGGGAGCUCAACAGCUAAUUGACUUACUGUUUAAGAACUAAAUUAGUUUGCCAAGACACACAAAAAGAAAAAUCGAGCAAUCUCAUGCAUCUCUACUAGUUUACCUUUAAAGGUCCCUAUGGUACAAUCUCAGACAUACACAGAUCAGUGACAUUGUUUCUUUUUUUAACCCUUUAAAUGACACGGGGGACUGUCACGCGUGGGCCCGGUUCUGGGUUUCGUUGCCAUGUUGUUCAAAAAAACGUUUGGAGAGUUCACCUUUGAACCUACCGUCGUUCAUCACCGAAAGAGGGAUUCUCAACAAACAUCGGGUGCUAUUGACCAUCAAAACCAACCUCAGAGCAUUCCGUGCUGGUUACACAACCUCAGGACGAUCCUUCUCUUGGUGCUUAACGGGUAGGCUACGCUACGCUAGCAAACUCUCCACGUCCUCCACAACCUGGUGGCUGUGAAAGUCUUGUUUGUCCCAAAGGCACAGAUUCAGUGUGUACAGAUGGUUUUUGUUUUUUGGAAUCGGGGUCGAUAUUUGCUGUGCUCCACAAGUCUGUGCUAAAACAGUUUGCCAAAUAUGCGAUCCUCUUAUUAAAAAAAACAAACAAGACUUUUAUAAUUGUUCUACACAAUGUCAAACUCGUACACGUACCUCAGUCUUGACUGCCCAACCGUCCAAAAAAAGAAGAAGUUUCACACCUAAACCUGUGAUGAUUUCUGUGGGUACUAAACAUUCUAUUCUAUUGACUUCCUUUUUUAUUGCAAGUACAUCUCGGUGAGAACAUAGCAUUUACUACUUUGAAAAUAUUUUUUUUUUCCUUUGAUUUUAUUAUUUGGUGGAACAUUUGUCCUUUAAUGUUUUAUAUUUUGUACAUUUGUAAGUAACAUAUCAUGUAAAUAUAAAGAGACCACAAUUUAAAUCAUCUGGAGGAUUUUGUAGUCUUUGUAAAGCCCUAAUAAAUGGUAUUUGGUGUCACCUUAAAA